UCAGAUGUGCAUCUCUGUUUCUUGCCUUCCCCACUCCACACUUUCAAAGCUCUCCACUGUCCUCUGCGUCUCGCUAACUCCUCCUUCCGGCCUCCACACACUCCGGUCAAGCGGUUUGGCCCUACCCUCGCAUCUUAAUCUUCUCCAUUUCUGACGCCAACGCCCUUGCUCCUCUCCCCGUCUCCCUCACUCCUCUCACCUAACCUCAGCCACGCCGGAUGCCUGGUCGACCCUCAGCUACUCAGAUCAAAAUCAUAGCCAACUUCAAUCUCCAUUGUCACCAUGAUUUGCAUUUCCAGCUCAUCAAAGCAUUUCUGUGUUGAUAUGUGUAUCAGUAUGGGAUCAAAAGUAUUGCAUUAGGCUGUUGUACUCAGAUUUAAUGAGGUUAAGUGGUGGGAAUUGUAGAGAAAGUAAGGAAAACAAGAAGGAAGAUAAUUUCAUAGUGUAGUGUUGUGAAAAUGGCACCAAUUGGAUUUGAGGGUACAAAACAAUAUUAUGCUACUUGCACUGUUGUGUUGGGCUAUGCUUUAUGUUCUAGCUUGCUUGCGGUGAUCAACAAGUUUGCAAUUACCCACUUUAAUUACCCAGGGCUUCUCACUGCAUUGCAGUACUUCACCUCAGCUCUGGGUGUUUGGGUUUUGGGGAAGCUAGGGCUGUUGCACCAUGAUGCGUUCACAUGGGAAACUGCUAAGAAAUUCUUGCCUGGUGCCUUUGUGUUUUUCUUGGCAAUAUUCACAAACACAAAUCUUUUAAGCCAUGCCAAUGUGGAUACAUUUAUAGUGUUCAGAUCAUGUACACCCCUUUUGGUUGCGUUGGCUGAUACAACAUUUAGGAAGCAACCGUUGCCUUCAAAGUUAACAUUUCUAUCCUUGGUCAUUAUUUUGGGAGGUGCUAUUGGAUAUGUUGCUACAGAUUCAGGUUUUACAUUGACUGCUUAUUCAUGGGCACUUGCUUAUUUGGUGACCAUUACUACUGAGAUGGUUUACAUCAAGCAUAUAGUGACCAACCUUGGACUAAAUACUUGGGGAUUUGUGCUGUAUAACAAUUUGCUCUCUUUGAUGAUAGCUCCCUUGUUUUGGGUCAUUACUGGGGAGUUUUCACAAGUAGUUGUUUCCAUGGGAUCUGGCACGGGGAAUUUAUUCAACCCCGUUGCGUUUUACGCGGUGUCGCUCUCCUGUGUGUUUGGUCUGCUCAUUAGUUUCUUUGGGUUUGCAGCAAGGAAGGCAAUAUCUGCCACUGCCUUUACAGUGACAGGUGUAGUAAAUAAGUUUUUGACAGUUGCAAUUAAUGUCGUCAUCUGGGAUAAGCAUGCCAGUCCUUUCGGGCUGCUAUGCUUGCUGUUUACUAUUGCUGGUGGUGUUCUUUAUCAGCAAUCAGUUACUGUGGUAAGCAGUGCUCCAUCACAGCGAGAAAUUAAGAACCAUGUCAACAACUAUGCAGAUGGCGAUGAAGAAAAGGGCGUUUCUGGUAAAAUAUCUGGUGUAUGAGCAUUUAUUCCUAGUAUGCCAACUCAUUCAUUAUGGAUUUUGAUCUUUACUUUACCAGAUUAUAGCAUUUCUUGAAAAUUUUCUGAUUGGAUCUUUCUUAGCAUGACCUUUUUACU